UGCAAAUGCUCAAGAGGAAUACUAUAGUGAAACAAAAUCGAGUAUGUGUAUGAAGCAGAAGAUAACCAAACUUAAGUUCUUCAACCAUCAUGUUUAUGGUGGUAAAAAUAGUACUAUUAUUGAAAUAGCUCGAGCAAAUUCAACCAGAAUAGACGACCUCAUUGAGUUUGGCAAUCUUUUUGCUGUAAAUAAUGCUUUGAGAGUAGGCAUUGAUCCAACGUCACGAAUUAUAGGGCGUGCUAAGGGACUCCAUUUAGGAGCUAGCGAAGAAAAUGAAACUGCCACAUUCGUUCCUUACUUGGAUUUAGGAUUCGAUACAGGCAAAUUUAAAAGAAGUUCAUUUGUAAUUAUUUCAAAGAAUUUGUAUUUGGAGCCGAAACAGGAGCUUGCAGUUGUUGGUGGAAGAGAAAAGUUCAGGAUGACUACAGGUUUUGCUAAUGUUCGAAGGGUUUUUUUCGAUGACACUCAGAGAUAUGCAGUUUUUGAGUAUGGCGUUACUUUAUUUCAUUGCUAAAGCUAUCAUCGGGUUUGUAUAAAUAUUUAAUAAAUAUGAAUGUAAUUCAAG